AUGCCUGGCGCUUCCAUCCCAAUCCAUAGCGAUACCCUAUCCCCCGUCAAUUGGGUUGCUCCGGUCAUUCCGAUGGCUCGUCUGGGGCUGGUCAUGAGGCGGUUGGGUCCCGGCAGAAAGCUGAGUGUCGACAGUGCUGACUCGCAUCCUCCGACUGCGGCAGAAGCGCCCAAGGUCAAGCUCCCGCAUGUGGACACGCAGCUGAACAUGCACCAAUACACCGGCUUUUUCGAGGACGGAUCACCGGCCGGCAAUGGCCUUCCAGUACAACCCCCGAACCCUUCCGCAAGUCCUGAUCCGAGCAAUGGUGAUAAUACGACAGAAUGGUCGGCCGUCGGCCAUGCGGCGACCGGGAAAUCGGGACGCGUCAUCCACAACUUGCAAGAGGAGGUUGCGCGGCGGACGCGCGAAUGCAGUCUGUACCGCUCGCGCGCGGACGAAACACAGCGGUUGAACGAGACGCUCAAGAUCCAGGUCCAGAAUAUGACGGAACGGCUCCAGAACCUGGAGCAGGUCAACGAUACCAACCUAAACUCCAUUGCGCGCAAGGACCGGAAAAUCGAGGAGCUGCGCGCGGAGCUGCAAAGCGAACGAACCAAGCGUCAAGGUGCCGAAAUGACUGCCACCCAGACCAAUCAAACGAUGCGCGACGAGCGCGAGCAACACAACCGCGAUCAGGCGCGCGCACAGGAACUGGUCCGCUUCCACGAGACCCAGUACGAGGUGCUGUCGGCUGCUACCAAGCGCGAAAAGGCAGAUCUUGGUCGGCGUGUCAAGGGCAUCAGAAAUGAGGUGAAUUCUAUGGCUGAAGCACAGAAAACCCAGAAUACCUCCACCGAGCGCCUGGAUGUCAUCUCUGACCAGAAGAACCGCGAGAUCGAGAACCUAAAGAGCAUCCACGACAAGCUGAUGGCCGCCCAUGCCAACUACAAGCAGAUCAAGGAUGAUGAGCUCCGGAGCACUAUCGAGCGUGCCCAGGCCAAUACUGCCAUGAUAGAUGCUACUCUCGCAUCCUUGAAAGAGACCGAGGCGCACAUGAAGUGGGCUAUCCAGCUCAACAGCAACAGACCCGAGAGCUAA